CGCGGCGCUAGACUCCGCAGUUGUGUCUGCUCGCCCGGUCAGGACGAUCCCCGGAGCGCGGCAGCAGGGAAUGGAGGCGGAAAACUUGGGCAGCUGCUCCCUUCAGCAGGUUCCUCCACCUUUCUAUCCAUUUCCAUUUCAACAAAUGAUGGCUGAAGCGCCCCCUCUGACAGUGCCGAAUGAGAAACCAGUGAAUGAAGAGCCAGCGCUGGCAGACUACCCAGUCCUCGCUCCUGUUGAGGACACCAUGCCAGAGACUCCAAAAGGAAGGAAAAGAAAAACCAGAGCAGCACAAUCCAAAAAGCCAGUGGAACCCAAAAAGCCAGCAGAACCAAAAAAAUCUGCUGAAGCAAAAAAAACUGGCAAGUCCAAAAAAUCAAAAGAUAAGCAAGAAAAAAUUACAGAUACAUUUAAAGUCAAAAGGAAAGUAGACCGUUUCAAUGGUGUUUCAGAAGCUGAGCUUUUGACGAAGACUCUCCCUGACAUUUUGACGUUUAAUCCGGACAUCGUCAUUAAUGGUAUAAACCCAGGACUCAUGGCUGCUUACAAAGGGCAUCAUUAUCCUGGACCUGGAAACCAUUUCUGGAAAUGUCUGUUUAUGUCAGGGCUGAGUGAAGUUCAGCUGAACCACAUGGAUGACCACACGUUACCUGGGAAAUAUGGUAUUGGAUUCACCAACAUGGUGGAAAGGACCACACCAGGGAGCAAGGAUCUUUCCAGUAAAGAAUUUCGUGAAGGAGGACGUAUUCUAGUGCAGAAAUUACAGAAGUAUCAGCCAAGAAUAGCAGUGUUUAAUGGAAAAUGUAUUUAUGAAAUAUUUAGUAAAGAAGUUUUUGGAGUAAAGGUUAAGAACUUAGAGUUUGGACUUCAACCCCAUAAAAUCCCCGACACAGAAACUCUCUGCUAUGUUAUGCCAUCAUCAAGUGCUAGAUGUGCUCAGUUUCCUCGAGCCCAGGAUAAAGUACAUUACUACAUUAAGUUGAAGGACUUAAGAGAUCAGCUGAAAGGCAUUGAACGAAACACAGAUAUUCAGGAGGUGCAAUACACAUUUGACUUACAGCUGGCCCAAGAGGAUGCAAAGAAGAUGGCUGUUAAGGAAGAAAAAUAUGACCCGGGUUAUGAAGCUGCAUAUGGAGGUGCUUACAGUGAAAAUCCAUGUAGUAGCGAACCUGGCAACUUCCCUGCCAAUGGGCUAACUGUCAACAGCGGAGAAAUAACACGCAGUGACAUUCCAAAUGGGCAGUGGACGACCCAGCCGUUUACAGACCAGAUUCCUUCCUUCAGUGACCAUGGUGGCACACAAGAACCUGAUAAAGGAAACUAGGCUUAAGAAUGGUGCUUCUCAGCUCUGCUUCAGCACUGCAGUUUUAAUGCAGUGGUCAGGAAGUGGCCCAUAAUUGCUGGGUGAAGUAUUUUAUUAGCGUUUUACUCUAGUGAUGUAAUUAAGGUACAGUUGUGUAGUAGAAUCAACUGUAUGAACCUAAGUAAUUUGGAAAAAAAAAAGUAGAGGUUUUUUUGUAUGUGAAUUUUUGUACUUGAAUUAACCAUCAUUCCACUUUUUAUAAACUUAUUUCAUGUAGGAAGAUCCUGAUUUACUUUGGGAAAUCACUUUUAAUCUGAACUUUUUAAAGGCAAGUGUCUGAAUAUUUAUUUUUGUUGAUGAAUUGUGCAUGGAUCUAGAUGAGUGCACAAUUAGCUCUUCUAUGCCAGAGAAGGGCAUGUUACUGGUGAGAGAUAC